UCGCUUCGUGCCAUUGCAGCAAGUAGGAGCCAAAGGAAAGUUUGGAAAAUGAAAGCAUUAGCAAGACUUGUUCUGGGACUUGUCAUCUUUGAUGCUGUUGUGACUGCUCCAACCUUAGAGCCCAUCAACUAUGACUCAGAAGCUUAUGAUGCCACCUUGGAAGACCUGGAUAAUUUAUACAACUAUGAAAACAUACCUAUUGACCAAGCUGAGAUUGAAAUAGCCACAAUGAUGCCUUCAGGCAACAGAGAGCUCCUCACCCCACCCCCACAGCCCGAGGAGGCUGAAGAGGAAGAGGAGGAAGAGUCCACACCCAGGUUGAUUGAUGGUUCUUCUCCACAGGAGCCUGAAUUCACCAGGGUUCUGGGUCCACACACCAAUGAAGAUUUUCCAACCUGCCUUCUGUGUACCUGUAUAAGUACCACUGUAUACUGCGAUGACCAUGAGCUUGAUGCUAUUCCUCCACUGCCCCCGAACACUGCUUAUUUCUAUUCCCGCUUUAACAGAAUUAAAAAGAUCAACAGAAAUGACUUUGCAAGCCUCGAUGAUUUAAGGAAGAUUGAUCUGACAUCAAAUGUAAUAUCUGAGAUUGAUGAAGAUGCAUUCAGAAAGCUGCCCCAGCUCCGAGAGCUUGUCCUACGUGACAACAAAAUAAGGCAGCUCCCAGAGUUGCCGGCCACUUUGACUUUCAUUGACAUCAGCAACAACAGACUCGGAAGGAAAGGCAUAAAGCAAGAAGCAUUUAAAGAUAUGUAUGAUCUCCACCACCUCUACCUCACAGAUAACAACUUGGACCACAUCCCUCUGCCACUCCCAGAAAACCUACGGGCCCUUCAUCUCCAGAAUAACAACAUUCUGGAGAUGCACGAAGAUACCUUCUGCAACGUGAAAAAUGUGACUUAUAUCCGUAAGGCUCUAGAAGAUAUCCGGUUGGAUGGAAACCCCAUCAAUCUCAGCAAAACUCCUCAAGCAUAUAUAUGCCUACCUCGUUUGCCUAUUGGGAGUCUUGUCUAAAUCAGGCAAUGGUUAGCAUCAUGAUGCCUCCUUUAACCAAACAAUGGGUACUGCUCUCUCGUCACAAACAAAACUCAGCAUAACAAUACGUUCACAUUGUGUCCUGACAGGUGAUAUCAUUAAAGUACAACUCAAGGUUUUAAGAUACGAUGGCAGUUAGGUAAUCUUAGCAAACACCACGAGUCAGGAAUAACCCAAAAGAUAUACAGAAAGGGCAACAGAAAUGAUAAAAAAUAUUAUAUAGUCAUUCCUAUACAUCAUGUGUAAUUUGCAAGUUUUAGGCAUUCAUACCUUGUGUAAUUUCAAAUUAAGCAUAUAAGAAAUAAAAAUUAAAAAUGAACAGCCCA